AUGACAUGGGAUGAGCACGGCCAAAUAACUGUCGCUGCGCACGGCUGUGUGCAUGAGGGAGGUGAGGAGAGUGAAGAGGUGAAAUCCUAUGGAUUACCUAAUUUGCCGGGUGUCAAGGUCUACGAAUAUGCCAAUGGGAAGGUUGAGAUAAUAAGUUCUGACUUCUACCUGUGGCGUGAACCCGGUGAGACACAGUUCACAUGCCGGUGGAUAUGGAGGAACGGUUGUGCACCUGAACCUUUCUACUCUGCCAACCGUGGCGAUUACAAUCCCAAGCUCACCCAGAAAGAAGAGGAGGAGUUGGCUGCUGAGGUCAAGAAGUUGGUGCAGAAUGGCUGGGUGAAGGAGUUUGAUGAUGAGGUCUAUAAUAUCGUACCUUGGGUGCUAGUUCCACAACCCCAUAAAACGACAACAUUGAGGAUGUGCCUAGAUUUCCGGCUUUUGAAUAAGUUCCUCGUGAAUGACCCGAUAAGAGAUAUGGUGAAUUGUGUCGAUACUCUUCACAAAUGGCGAUCUGUUACAAAAGGUUAUACUUUGGAUGUGACGAAGUGCUACUAUACUGUGCGUAUGUGUCCCUCGCUCUAUAAGUACAUGGUCGUCAUGAUCAACGGUGCACUGUUCGUAAUGACAGUGUUACCGUUCGGUGUUUGCUUUGCACCGAAGGCCGUUACGGCAGUCAUUACCUUUCUACUACAGGGUGUUGCCUCUCCUGUGUCGUCGUUCAUCGACGAUGUUAUUAUCGAGGAGGAGAAUGAUGUUGCCGUCCCAGUGGACGAACUAGGCCAGUUGCAGUAUGAUCCACCUGCUGUUGUUGCCGUUCGCAAGGCCUUAGCUAAGGGAAACAUGUACUGUAAGCCGGCGCAGAUUAUCGGUGCGCCAAAUAGUAGAGUUCUCGGUCUUGACUUAUUCACCUGCCACGGUUCAGUGUGGUGGAGGCGACGACGAGAUCAGAGCAUCGAUAUAGACCUAGAUGGAGCUGUCACCAAGCGUGAUGUGGCUCGGUGGUGUGGGCGAAUGGUUGGUCAUGUCCCGAUAGCUGGGUGGCUACGUCCACACGUUGCAUUCUUGCUGCGUGCGGUUAGUCGUACGCCAUGGGAUGAAGAUCUGGACGACUCUCUCCUUGAUUUG